CCUUAAACCAAAGCAGCUCACUGCAGCAGAGAUGAAGCGGAGUCUCGCUGGACUUUUCCUGUUUGUCCUUGGACUGAAUGCACAAAUAUAUAGGACAUAUGUUUACGUUUCCACUCCAUUGAACUGGACUCAAGCUUAUAAAUACUGUAAAACGUACUAUACAGACCUGUCCGCCAUAACUAGCCAGGAGCAAAAUCAGCAAAUGCUAGCAAGUUCAGGAGUAGGAUUCGAUAAAGCUUGGAUUGGUCUGCACAAAACAACUGGAAAACCAAACAGCUUGGCAUGGACUACUGAAGAAUCUUUUAUCUUCACUAAGUUAUACAAUAUUGACAAGGUUUACAGCUGCGCAUAUGCUACAGAGACGGAGUGGUAUAUGGCUUAUUGCCUAAAUGUGCUUCCUUUCUUUUGCCAUAUCGACUAUUAUUUGUGGCUUGUAACGGCAAACAUGGCUUGGGAAGAUGCCCUUGACUUCUGUAGGCAUUGGUACACUGAUUUGGCCAGUUCAACAGACCAGUAUCAGUGGGAAAUUCUGCAGGAUAGAAGCAAAGCUUCCACGACGGAAAGCGUGUGGACAGGAUUGCGUUUCCUGGAGGGAGAGUGGUACUGGGUGAGUAUCACUUUCACAUACAUCCCGUUUAGGACCUGGAUGCCAUCGUGCCCUGAAGAGCCGUACCGCUGUGGAGCUCUGAACAACCAAACAGCGCAGUGGGAGAUAAGAGACUGCGAGGAGAAGCUCAACUUCUUCUGUUACCAGCUAAAAUAGGUGAGAAGAGGAGGAAGUUCAGCUUUACACAGGUUUUCCAGCAGAUCAACACCAAAUAACUGUGGACAAGCUGCAACUUUUGUCAAUCAGACCAGAUUUGAAGAAUAUAUCAAUUGUUUCAUAAUUUGAAUGUUAUCAAACUUUUAA